ACUGGCAGCAACUUGAUAUGCAGCUUGUGUAGUUCUUCUGAAAUCCUCUGUUGCAACUUCUUUGCCGUUAUAACGUUUGUUCGAUCGCCCCAGGACUUGGCUUGGACUUGGCCAUCGACUAGCCAAUUAUUGAAUUAUUGAUCAGCACCAAGGAGUUGAAGGACCACGUUGGACUUGUCUCGUUGGACCACGUUGCAGGGACUUGGCUAACAUCGCUCCUAUAUAACGAGCCCUAUGAAUUGCUAAAGGGCGCUCAGUGUUUGAUCUCUUCGUCUGUGCUGUGUAACAACAGGAGCCAGUGGAAACCAAAUCCACUGUAAAAUCAUCGUGCACGAUGUCUGGGGGCACCUCGAGUUCGCUACGCGCGAGAUCUCCGCAUCCUGCAGAGUCACCGACGAUCGAUGUUGACCAUGACUCUAAAUCCAUCGAGCUGCGGAACAUCUCCGCAGGUGAGGACGGCAAUCCAAAGCAGGAUGGGUCCGCAACUUCCCAAGCUGCACAGAGUGCCCACUCUCAAGCAGACGUAGACCCGCGUAUCCUACGCCGGAAAGCGAACAUUCACUUCGCCGCCAUGUGCUUCUCUUUAUUCCUGGCUGGUUGGAACGACGGAACCACUGGCCCGUUGCUGCCCCGCAUCCAGGAGGUUUACCAUGUUAACUUCACAAUAGUAUCCCUCAUCUUCGUCUUCGCCUGUCUGGGCUUCAUUUCCGCCGCCGCUGCAAACGUUGCCUUGACAGACCGAUUCGGCUUUGGUUGGGUGAUGGUGAUAGGGUCGAUCGCGCAGAUGAUAGGAUACGCAUUUGAAGCCUCGGCCCCGCCGUUUCCUGUCUUUGUGCUAGGCUAUUGCAUAAAUGGGUUUGGCAUGUCUCUCCAGGACGCAGGGGCAAAUGGAUAUGUCAGCAGUUGGAACGAAAGCACCGAGAACAAGAUGGGCAUCAUGCAUGCUGUAUACGGGGUAGGCGCACUAUGCUCUCCCCUCGUCGCAACGCAGUUCUCGGAGAAGCGUCAUUGGUCAUUCCACUACUUGACGUCGCUAGGCGUCGCGUUUAUCAACACCGUAAUUCUUUGCCUCGUUCUGAAGUUUAGAAAUCAGGAUGACUGUCUCGCGGAGAUCGGCCAGAAACCGCUAGAGACGUCAGGGAGCCAAUCGGAAGGGAAAUACAAGCAGAUCUUCCGUCUGCGUGCUCUGCAUCUCCUUGCAAUUUUUAUUUUUAUUUACGUUGGCAUUGAAGUCACCGUCGGAGGAUGGAUCGUCACAUAUGUGAUUGACGUACGCGCUGGAGGCCCGUCAUCUGGGUAUAUCUCAUCCGGUUUCUUCGGAGGACUGACACUCGGCCGUGUCGGCCUCCUAUGGGUGAACAAAACGAUCGGCGAGCGCUAUGUCAUCUUCCUCUACGUCCUUCUCGCCAUCGCGCUGGAGCUCAUCGUCUGGCUGGUCCCCUCGCUCAUUGGUGGCGCAGUCGCGGUCGCCUUCGUCGGGGUCUUCCUCGGACCAAUUUACCCGAUUGUAAUGAACCACUCGGGGCGGAUUCUCCCGCCGUGGCUCCUGACGGGCUGCAUUGGCUGGAUCGCAGGCUUCGGCCAGGCGGGCAGUGCGUUCUUGCCAUUCUUGACAGGUUUGUUGGCGAGCAAGGAGGGUAUCAAAAGUUUGCAGCCGUUUUUGGUAUCGAUGUUAAGUUUUCUAUUCUGUCUGUGGGCGAUUGUACCAAAUCGUCCUCGCGUGGUUGAAUGAGCCGCGUCAUAUACCUGGUCUUUAUAUACAGGGGUUUUUUCUUCUUUUGAUGAAGCAAUAAUACACGAAUACACGAACACC